AGUUAGUAUGAUGUGAUAUAUCAAAGAAGUCCAUUUUUAUUUUAUUUUUUUUUGUUAUCACCGGUAUACUUUUAAUUUAUUUUUUAAAUAAAAAUAGAAAAAAUGGAUCAUAAUGACAAAUUGCAGAUCGUCAAAGACGCUAUAAAGACGUAUGUAAAUUUUCCAAAAGAGGGAAUAAUUUAUAAGGAUAUUUUUGGAGUGUAUCAAAAUGUUACAGCUAUGCGUGCAAUGAAUGAUUUGAUAAUUAAUCAUGUUAGAUCUUUGGAAAAAAUUGAUGUAAUCGUGGCUUUAGAUUCACGUGGAUUUCUUCUAGGACCAAUUAUAAGCUCUGAAUUAGGCAAACCGUUUGUUCCAAUUAGAAAAAAAGGGAAAUUACCGGGAAAUGUUAAACGUGAGAGUUAUACUUUAGAGUAUGGUGAGGCCACGAUGGAAAUCCAAACAGACAGUAUAAGCAGUGGCAAGAGAGUAUUGAUUGUUGAUGAUUUAUUAGCAACUGGAGGAACUAUGGCUGCUUCAAUAAAAUUAGUAAAAGCAAUUGGCGCAGAAGUCGUUGAAUGCCUUGUAUUAAUGGAAUUAAAUUCACUUAAUGGACGAUCGAAAUUACCUGUACCUGUAUUUUCAUUGAUUCAGUACAACUAAAAAAAUGUGAUAAAUCUCCCAAACUUCCAUUCCAACAAAAAUAUUUUCAUAAUUGAAAAAUUAGUACUUUAUAAGUUGUACUCGAUUGUGAGAAUAUUGCAUAUUAUAUCAUUUUUUAUUGUCUCUUUAUAUGAAGUAUCAGAUCAUAUCAAUGAUUUAAAUAAAUAAAAUACUGAAUUUAUUUACCUUAAA